AUGUGGGUCACAGAACAAAAUAGGGGACAGAGGGUGAAAUCAUUUGGCAGAUAUUCGUGUGCUCAAGGGAAGGAGAGCGAGAUAGGAACACAUGCAGCAGGGAGAGAGGAAAAUGGAUCCUCGACUGAUCACACGGUGCGGGGGUUUAUGCGAUCACACAGAGCAGUCAAGGAAGGUGAUUUGCACCAAAUCAAUUCAAUGAAGAAAGCUAGGUUACGAGUGCCAACGAUAUUCCGAGCCUUUGCCAAUCAGUCAGGGAGAUUCGAGACUGUUGGGUUUGAGAUAAAGGACAUCUAUAAUGCAAUAGAAAAGCAAAGGCGGGCAAGCGUGACAGAUAUUGAGGCCACGUUGAAGUUCUUGGAACCUUCAAGGACUACCGAUUGUGGAAUAUUCUGGAAGUACUCUCUAGAUGGUGAGAAAAGGCUGGAAAAUCUCUUUUGGUGCGAUGGUACUAGUCCUUAUGACUACAGUGUGUUCGGGGAUGUCCUGGGAUUUGACACAACGUACGGUCGUAAAAAAUACAAGUGCCCGUUGGUAAUAUUCUCAGGGGUGGACUAUCAUAUGAGGACGGUAGUGUUUGGUUGCACCAUCUUGAGCAAUGAGAGUGAAGAAAGCUAUGUGUGGUUGUUGCGGUCAUUUUUCUUGAGGCAAUGA